GUCGAUAUCCCCCACCCCACGCCCGAUAUUCAUCAAGAAAAUACGACUACGCGAUCUCCCAUGACCAGGGCUUUCGUUUGAUACCAAUAUUUGGGCACUUUUCCCAUGGUCCUUCUCCUACUCGCGCCCCUAAAAUCGUAUGACUAGGUACGGGGGAAUGGGGAGGACGCGCCCGAAGAAGCUCACUCCCAAGGCCUCUAUUCCCAUCGUAAGGGAACAAGAGAUCGACAUUGUCGACGAUGAGGUCCAGAGCACUCUUCAGCAGAUUGAAACCGGUGUUGAGAAGGCGGAGGAGUCGGAAUUCCAUCUGCAAGCUGCGAUAAAUGCGGCAGCCCUUGGAAAGGUCAAUGAGGCCCAUAUCCCUACCCCGGAGACCAUCAUCAGUUCCAUCCAAUAUGACAAACUCUACCCCCCUACCUUCUCGCAACCUGCGACCUACAUCCGCUUCUCCUCGACCGUCGAGGAUUGUUGCGGAUGUCCGUAUAACAUGGUUGAGGAAGAUGACAAAUUCUUCAAAGCAUUGAACCAGAAGCUGGGUCCUGGCAACCAAUGCUCGGAAGACCAAUUCGAAGAAGUCAUGAACUUCUUCGAAGAGACAGCGCAAACAAAACAGCCGUUUGCUGCUGUAGAUAAUCCUCCAGUGCUGGCGUACUCAGAGAUGGAAGACUCCUUUGACGCAGCCGUAGAAGACAGUGUAAGGCGAUUCGCCAAGGACAUAUAUGAACAUUGGAAGGACAGGAGGACGAAGGCUGGCAACAGGCCAUUGCAGCCGACUCUCAAGUUCGAGACCGGUCAGGAUACGGACGAUGCCGACCCAUACGUGUGUUUCCGUAGACGCGAGGUUCGCCAGAUUCGCAAGACCCGCGGUAGAGAUGCGCAGAGCGCCGAGAAACUGAGGAGACUCAGGAAGGAGCUCGAAGAUGCCCGGCAGAUGGUUGCAAUGGUGCGGCAGCGUGAAUUGGCCAGGAAAGAGAUGCUCAGCAUCGAGAAGCAAAUCUUCAUGCAGCGAUCGGAGGUCAAGGAGAUGAAGAGGAAGCUUGGCAUCAAGGACGAUGAUGAAGAUCUCAUCAACCAGAAGCCAAAGAAGAAACCGGUGGAUGUGCCCACAAUCCAGCGGCCAGUCCCGACCCAGCUCCGUGUCCCGCAAAGGCCCGGCACGCAAGCUGCAGAAGAUUUGCAACUCCUCGAAGAUGUGCAGUCUGAGAAGGAGAACGAGAUUCUGCGUGAUAUCAAGCAGAAUCUGGCUAAGCACAUUAAGUGGAACGAAGGAUAUGUGGAUGCGACGAGAGCACCGCUUUCGCCGUCUCCAGAUAGGACCUUCGAGGCCGGUUUCCGGCCAGCUAUUACCACUCAAUUGCCGACACCACCAUCUUCAGAGUCCUCUGAAGAUAUCAAUGACUCACCCAUGGUGGACCAUGCGGCGGUCUAUUUCAAUAAAUUCGCUCCUCAUGCCAUGGAUGUGGACGGGGACACCAGCCGGAUACCUUCCUUUAGGAGGCGUAUUGGGCGUGGUGGUCGGUUGAUGAUUGACCGUCGAAACCUCGCCUCACGCAGUAGAGUGGAAAUGGAUCCACUAAUAGCCGAUCGAUUCAAGUAUGAUCAGGAUGAUUCGGAUGAAGAAAUCGUCUAUGAGGCGGAUAAAUAUGACAUCCAAAUCAUGCAGCAUCGAGCGAUCAUGGCGGCAAAGGCACGCGACCAAGUUGCAGCAGCGGCCCAGGCACAUGCUCAAGCGCAGGCAGCACAAGCUCAAGCCCAGGCUCAAGCGCAACGGCGAUUGCAGGCCGAUCAGGUUGCGACCAACAACCACGGGCCACCUGGCGUGGGACACACAAUGGGUUCAAAUCCUGGACCUGGAGCGGUUACCGCCAGUCCAGCGACAUGAACAUCUCUUCUUCCAUCACUCUUCUCGUGCAUUUGGCGGGCGUUUUACCUUAUCCACAUAUCCCAUCUUGCCGUAUAUUCGCGAAUGUCGUUGUAUUCGCGAGCUCUCCCAUCCGACAUGGUCUGGGUUCGCUACCUUUUUUUUAUCCUCCCUCCUUCACCCUCACCUUCACCUUCUUCCCUGACUUCUCCCUUCAUAUCUGGCUCAGCCUGAAAAAGCAGU